GCUGCACAGCUGGCAAUUUAAAGACAAGAGUCGCCCCACGGAGUAACUGGUGGUCCGGCGUCCUGCUGAUCGUUCCCGUUGGAUGGAGGACAUGAGUCAAAACAGGCCCUGACUUAUUUAUCAACCUUUUGUUGGAGAGGGCUCGGUCCGUAAAGUUCUGGGACGCAUCAGGCAGCCAGCACCCCUCUCUCCACUGGAACCGUUAUAACCUCCUUAAUACUGGCACCAUAAGCUGAAAUAAUGGAGAAGCGGAGACAAAGGCAGCAGCUAGCGGUCAGUCUGCUGUUUGGGCUGUGGUUUCCUGGUUGUUUAACCCAGACCACACCGUCGAGCAGAGCCAACUUGGCACCUACUCCGUCUGGGUCCCCCCAGACUAAGACGGAGCAGCUGAAGGUCAGACUGGCGGGAUACCCCCGCAAACACAACGAGGGCCGGAUAGAGCUCUUCUACAAGGGAGAGUGGGGCACCAUCUGCGACGACGACUUCUCAAUAGCCAACGCCAACGUGCUCUGUCGUCAGCUGGGCUUCGUCUCGGCCACUGGAUGGACUCACAGCGCCAAAUACGGCAAAGGCCAAGGGAAAAUCUGGUUGGACAACGUGUUGUGUAACGGAGGCGAGAAGAGCAUCGAGCUCUGCACGUCUCGUGGCUGGGGAAACAGCGACUGCACUCAUGACGAAGACGCCGGAGUUGUCUGCAAGGAUGAGAGGAUUCCCGGCUUUGUGGACUCAAACAUUAUUGAUGCCCAAGUUGAUGAGAGGAAACUGGAGGAGGUCCGACUCCGUCCGGUCGUUGCCACGGCCAAGAAGAAGAUGCCCAUCACUGAGGGUGUGGUGGAGGUGAAACACAAAGACGGCUGGGCACAGGUCUGUGACUUGGGAUGGACCAUCAAAAACACUCGCGUGGUCUGCGGCAUGCUGGGAUUCCCGCAUGAAAGGAAGGUCAACAAGAACUUCUACAAACAUCUAAAAAAGCGAGCUGCUGAGAAGGCCUCCAGCCCAAAGGUUAAUGUUUCAGCUGGCGGAAGGCAACCAUCCAAAGCUAAAGCUAAAGCUAACGCUAAGUCUAAGCAGAGCAACUCUCACAAAAGGUUGUACUUGGAGCGCCAGAAGAACUUCUACCUCAUCCACUCUGUGGCGUGCACGGGCACAGAGGUCCACCUGGCAGCCUGCCCGCUAGAGUUCAGCAAGCCAAACGCCACGUCGGCCUGCGCGGGUGGCAUGCCGGCCGUCGUCAGCUGCAUGCCCGGCCCGCCGUUCAUGCAAAACAGCGGUUUGAAAAAGAAAGUUAAAAUCUCGAGCAACGUGAGGCUGAAGGGAGGCGCCAGGCUGGGAGAAGGCCGGGUGGAGGUGCUGAAAGACAACGAGUGGGGGACCGUGUGCGACGACCGCUGGAGCCUGCUGUCGGCCAGCGUGGUUUGCAGGGAGCUGGGCUUCGGCAGCGCAAAGGAAGCUCUCACCGGCGCCCGCGUGGGACAAGGAAUGGGUCCAAUCUACAUGAACGAGGUGAAGUGCCUCGGAAACGAGAAGUCGAUCUGGAACUGCCCGUUUAAAAACAUCACAUCAGAGGACUGUCAGCACGUGGAGGAUGCCGCCGUUCGCUGCAACAUCCCUUACAUGGGCCUGGAGCACACGAUCCGAAUAACAGGAGGACGAACUCGCUACGAAGGCCGCGUGGAGGUGCUGAGCUCUGACUCUAACGGGACGAUGAGCUGGGGUCUGAUCUGUGGUGAGACCUGGACCACGAAGGAAGCCAUGGUGGCCUGCAGGCAGCUGGGUUUGGGCUACGCUAACCAGGGCCUGCAAGAAACUUGGUACUGGGAUAGCAGUAACGUCACGGAGAUGGUGAUGAGCGGCGUGAAGUGCACAGGAAGCGAGAUGGCUCUGAGUCAUUGCCAGCAUCACAAAACUGUCAGCUGCCAGAAAGCGGCCGCCAAGUUUUCAGCGGGCGUCAUCUGCUCAGAGACGGCCUCUGACCUCGUUCUAAAUGCUCCUUUGGUCCAGCAGACGGUUUAUAUCGAGGACCGUCCUCUGCAUAUGCUCUACUGUGCCGCUGAGGAGGACUGCCUGUCUAAAUCUGCGGCAAAAGCAAACUGGCCGUACGGACACCGACGGCUACUCCGCUUCUCCUCUCAGAUUCACAAUAUCGGUCGGGCCGACUUUAAGCCCAAAGCAGGGCGGCACUCCUGGGUGUGGCAUGCUUGUCACGGCCACUAUCACAGCAUGGAUAUCUUCACCCACUAUGACCUGCUGAAUGCUAAUGGAACCAAAGUGGCAGAAGGCCACAAAGCCAGUUUCUGCUUGGAGGACACAGAGUGUCAAGAGGGUGUUUCGAAACGAUACGAGUGUGCCAACUUUGGCGAUCAAGGCAUCACCGUUGGUUGCUGGGAUCUGUACCGGCAUGACAUCGACUGCCAGUGGCUUGACAUCACAGACGUCAAACCCGGAAACUACAUCAUGCAGGUCGUGAUAAAUCCAAACUACGAAGUGGCAGAGAGCGACUUCACAAACAACGGCAUGAAAUGCAACUGCAAAUACGACGGACACAGGAUUUGGCUCCAUAACUGCCACAUUGGUGAUGCGUUCAGCGAGGAGGCCGAGAAGCGAUUCGAGAAAUACCCCGGACAGAUAAACAACAAGAUCUCCUAAUCGGGACUCACUAUAGAACCAAACGCAGACCACAGUGUGGGGAUGGAUGAAUAGAAACACACAUCCCUAGUUUGUGCAGAAACACACAAAGCCUUUGUUUUCAGGUGCUUACAUGGAUCCCCACCACCUUAUUUCUUCGUAGCUGUGUCGUUGUUAUACUUGAAUAUUCAAGUGGUAAUGAUUAUGUCCUCUAGUUUAAUGUGAGUUUAUGCUGUUUUUGACAAAUUCUAGAUUUUAUAGUCUAUGUUUGACGUGAUGUACAGUCUUCUAUUGAAUGUUUUAGUUGCAAGACCUGAAGGAAGCUUCCAUUUUUAGUUUUGAGACAUUAUGCAACUAGAUUUUUUUGCUUUUGGUACGCAGGUUCCAGCCCAGGAUCCCGAUAAGGCUUUGACCUCACACCUAAUUUGUCUUUAGUGACCUGUACAAAAUCCACAGCCUUAGAACUACAGCUCCUUGGAAAAUGUCAAUCAACAAACCUCAGUACAUUUUAUUUGGAUUUCAUGUGCUUGACCAACUGAUAGCGUCUGCUGUGAAACAUAGAGGUGGCAGCAUCAUGCUGUGGAGAUGCCGCAUCUCUAGCAGAGAUGGUUUAAAGACGGAAAGAGCUACCGGUAAAUAUUAGGAAGUUUCAGGCAUUAGGGGUCAGUAUCUGGUUGUAACACGACAAGAGGAGGGGAACAAAUUUAAAGAGAUGCAGCUUUAUCACUGUCCUGAUAAUGGGCUAAAAGGAUCUUUUUUUUUCAUUGAGCGUUUUGCCCUGAUUUGAUCAGUAUAGCGUAAAUGUGACCAAACACCUUUGAAAAACGACCAGGUUUUAUCCGUCUGCCAUUCGAAAUUUGCAUAUGCAAUUUAUGACUGCUUGGUUGGUUGGAACCGUUGCAAUAUUUUUGUGAAUGUAUUUAUUUCCGGUAUCCAGGUGGUCAUAAACCGUUUGUGUUUGCAAGCAAAUCUUUCACAUCGAUCGAUUGUUUGAACCAGCUCGAAGCUGGAUGUUGUUUCGGUCAGGGUUUAUUUCGGUCAUUUAGUCGUUGACGACCCUCUACACUUGCUAAAAAAGAAAGAAAACCUGCCAUUACAGGAAGACGUGUAUGUAUGCUGAUAUAACCACACCUGCUGCAUCAAAUAAAGCUAAAAUGAACGAUC